AUGUCAACAACAACAGCAGCGGUAGGCAUCCAAUGCGGCGGAGCGACGAACAGGGGCGCAACGGGACUUGGUUGCAGGGUGAUCUUCGCUGUUUCCAUGGCGUCCAGGCUCUCGAGCGGCAGCGACGGUGCAAUGACAGUCGACGGCGACGUUGUCGUGGGUGACAAGGUCGACAUCGAAGGCGCAACUGAUGCGGCGCCGUCUUCUUCUUCUUUCUCUACCGAAUCGGCUACAGCUUCAGCUUGCGACCGUGGCGGUGCUGUCGAUACAGGUGGGGUAGCGAUCUCCACCUCUUCCAUGGCUGUCGUGGUCUCGAUUUGCGACGACGGUGGUUCGGAGGCACUCGUCGGUGCGACAAAAGGGAAGGACGACAACGGCGGUGCAGGCUUUGCGCCGUCAGCAUCUUCUACAUCGUCCUCUACCGAAUUGGAAGCUUCAACUUGCGGCAGUGGUGCGGUGACUCUAUCGUAG